GAACUCUUAUCUUCGCUUGAUAGUGCUUCAUUUGGUUUUCAUUCGAUCUCGAUAUUGUGUAUGGCAAAACUCAAAACUUGUUCCAAACCGGAAUUUUCGGCUGCAUUCCGCGACAUUCAGUAACGCUUCCCGUCAUCUGUUAUCAUCUUGUUGACGUGUACACAUUCGUCGUUAUCGAGUGCAGUGCAGAAUAGUUUAUUUUUAUCAAUUCAACCUUUCGCUGUGCCUCAACACGAUUCGCGGUGAUUCUGAGCGACAAACGUAGUACCACAACCAAACAGCGAUGGCGAUGAUCAGGAUGGCACAAAGCAGGGCUAUCCCUGUUUUAGGAGUCAACGGCGGAGGUCCUCUGCUGCGAAUGUUGACGGCAGGACAUUUCAGCAGUAGUGCACUGCCAGCGCUUCCCCUGCCAAAACUGGAUGAAACAAUGAACAAACUGCUGACAACGGUCGAACCGCACGUAAACGAGGAUGGCUACAAGCGAACCAAGUCUGCCAUAGCGAAAUUUGCCGCACCCGGUGGGGUAGGAGCGAAGCUGCAAAAGCUACUGGAAGAGAGAGCGAAUACCAAGAAGAACUGGCUUUCCGAUUGGUGGUUACAGUCUGCUUACUUGGAGUAUCGUGAUCCGGUAAUUAUCUACUCUAGUCCGGGGCUUGUCUUCCCCAAAUUGAACUACGCAAGUGUAGAUGAUCAGUUGAAGUACGCUGCGAAGAUCGUCUUCGGGGCCUUACUGUACAAACGAAUGAUCGAUCGAAAUCAAAUCAAGUUGGAAAGUAUGGGAAAAGCUCCACUAGAUAUGUCCCAGUAUAAUAAGAUUUUCGGAACCUGUCGAGUACCAGGAAAACCGGCUGAUUCGUUACUGUUUCAUCCCGACUCAACGCACAUUGUAGUCGCAUCCAACAAUCAGUACUUUAAAGUGGAAGUGGGUGACUCUGACAGCAUCAUAGGUGAAGAUAAGCUAUACCAGCUACUGAGACAAUGCCAUGAAAUGUCGCAACAGAAAACGGAGCCCGUUGGAAUGCUUUCGGCCUUACCUCGGGACAGUUGGUAUGAAGCGUACGAAGCACUGCACACUGAUCCAACCAAUCAAAAAACGAUAAAAGCGAUUCAAAGUUCCCUCUUCGUUCUCUCGUUGGAUUACGAGAUCGGAAACCCGUCGGGGGACGACAUAAUCGACGCCUGCCAUUUGCUCAUUCAUGGCGGUGGAUCAACUGCCAAUUCCGGCAAUCGAUGGUAUGACAAAACCUUACAGCUUGUGGUGGGUCCUAAUGGGGUGAAUGGACUCACGUACGAACAUUCCCCGGCCGAAGGACAACCGAUCGCCGUACUGACUGAUUUUAUCAUUAACCAUAUCGCAAAAGGCGAUCAAUCUGGGGCUGUCAGAGAAAUUAAAACGCCAGAGAAAUUAGUCUUCAAUCUUUCGUCGAAAGCUCAAGAUCUUCUCCAGAAAGCGGCCGCUAGUCAUGACAAACUAAUCAGCGAUCUGGACAUGAACUAUCUUCACUACACCGGUUAUGGCAAAGGUUUCAUCAAGGGCCAGAAAAUGAGUCCGGACAGCUACAUUCAGAUGGCCAUCCAGUAUGCGUUUUUCAAACUGCACCGGGUACCGGGAGCGCACUAUGAGUCAGCUCAAACCAGAAUGUACGAAGCCGGUCGUACCGAAACUAUACGGUCCUGUUCGAACGAAUCGAUCGCCUUCGCACGUGCCAUGUUGGAAGGUGCAGCCAGUCCUGCGGAAAAACUAGCCAAACUGAGAGCGGCCGUUGAUUCGCACAAGAUGUACGCGGCGAAAGCCGUCCAGGGAUUCGGUGUUGAUCGGCAUUUGCUGGGGCUGAAACUGAUCGCCCGGGAGAAUAAUAUACCAUUGCCGGAACUGUUCAAGGACGAUGGUUUAUUGGCCAGUCAACAUAUGCGACUAUCGACCAGUCAGGUAGCGUCUCGUUACGAUGCGUUUAUGUGCUACGGACCGUUGACAGCCGAUGGGUACGGUUGUUGCUACAAUCCGAAGGAAGGUGAUAUGUGGUUCGGUAUUUCGUCAUUCCGGAGCAAUCCGGCGACGGAUUCGAAGGUGUUCCGGGAUUAUUUGCGCCAGGCGUUGGAUGAUAUGUUCGAGGUGCUGAGCAAGGCUGCGGGAGUUGUUAGUAAGCUGUAAGCUUGAUGGUAGUUUAAGGGUUCUGUUCUACCUGAGAGGGAAAAGUGAGGGACCAUUUGUGAUCGAAGAUAUUAGACGUGUUGCGGAAUAGUUUUUUUUUAAUAAAUGGUGAUGGUAUUUUUAA